AUGGAGAUUUACGACAGUAGGUACUUUGUUUAUAACAAACGCUUCCAAACGGCGCUGGGUGUCUGGCCGUAUCAAAGCCGCGUGAAAAAUGCUAUCAUAUGCGGCUUCUUGCUGUUGGUCAUGAUCGCUCUGGUGGUCCCACAAAUAAUACGUCUGAAGAUGUACAUAGGAAAAGACAAGGACAAGAGCAUGGAGAACGUUUUUGGUCUUUUCUACAUUUUCGCAAUCUACGUCAAGCUUUUUACGGCCGUCUAUGCCGAGGAUAGGCUGAAGAUAUUGUACGAGAGCACUGCGAGGAAUUUCCAGAUUUACACCGACAAGAUGGAGAAGAAGAUUCUACACGAGAACUCCGAAAGGGGUCGACUUAUCACGCUUGUUUUCAUAAUGUACAUGAUGACCGCAUUGAUAGUGUUCAUCUUGCUACCCAUGUAUCCCAUCAUGACGGACGUGAUUGUCCCACUGGAUCAUCCUCGAGCUCGGAUGUUUAUACUGAACGGAGAUUACCUCGUCGAUAGGGAUGAGUACUAUUUUCAGAUCUAUGUGUUCGAGAGCACAUCCGCUGCUCUGACUGUCUUCAUUCUAUGCUCGACCGAUCCCAUGUACGCCGCGAUCGUUGAGCACUGCUUGGGACUGUUCUGCAUUUGCAAGUAUCGGCUGAACAACUUCAACAAGCCACGCAGGACCGAGAUAAUCGAAAAAGCGAAUGCUGAAAGCCAGGUGGACGAGUACGCGUACACUGCACUCGUCGAGGCGAUUCAAUUGCACAAGAAUAUUCUCAAGUACACUAAAAUAAUACAGACGUCGUACUCGUUGUACUUUUUGCUGGAAAUGGGAGCCACUAUGGGUCUUCUAACUUCGACUUCCAUCAUAAUCGUAAUGAAACUGUAUCGGCCACUGGAUUGCAUCAGAUAUUUUUUGGUCUUAAUUGGAUUGUUGCUGCACAUAUUCUUUCUGAGCUGGCCGGGUCAGAAGUUGAUAAACGUCAGCGGUGACAUCUUUCAAGACACAUAUCACAAUGAUUGGUACGAGAGUUCACUGAGGUGUCAGCGGCUCUUGAGAUUCAUGUCGUUGAAUUGCUCCAAACCCUGCCAGUUGUCCGGCGGCGGACUGUACGUGAUGAACUUCGUCAACUUUGCGAGGAUUCUCAAAACGUCGGCUUCGUACAUCACGGUCUUCUCGUCGUUCUAA